AAUAAAAUGAGUAUGCAUAUGCGCUAGACUACGACAUGAAAGGUUACGAAAUCGUUGUAAAAGUUAUCUUGGUUGAGUUGUUUUGCGAAAAGGAUUGUGGGAUAUCAAUGGAGGCCAUACUUAGAACUUAUAAAACACUUUCUAACUUCUUAGACGUAUUUACGAAGUGUAUGUAGACUUGGUCUGCAAAGACUGGUGGUAUUUGUAAGGAAUAGUGGCCAUUGUUGACCAAUAGAUGGCAUGGACCUACCACUUAAUGUGUCAUUUCCAUUCCUUGGUGUUGGUCUAGUUACCAUUCUGAUUAGUAUUUGUUUCUGCUGCUACCUCUGGAGACUGAAGUAUGCUGGCAGAUUGGAAUCAAGGGGCUAUAAAAGGGUGUGCUACUUGUCAAAGAAGCUUAUGAAUGAAACAUGUGCAGUAUGCCUGGAUGAAUUUAAGUUAAAGGAGAAGGUCUGUCAACUUCAAGUCUGCAAACAUGGCUUCCAUGAAAAGUGUCUCUUGGCAUGGCUUGUACAGAAAAACACAUGCCCUUUGUGUCAGCAGCCAGUCUCCAAGAGAGUUAGUCCAGAAACAGGACAAUAUGGUACCAUGCCUACAUCAGCAUUAUAGCAUUAUAUGGCGUCUUGAAUGUACAUCAGCAUUGUAUCAUAAACACAUGGAAAUAUCUGCUUUGGAAUAUAAUGGAUGUAUGGACAUCCAUUGUUUACAUUGAGACAUCAAUUGUUUACAGCGGGACAUCCAUUGUUUACAUUGGGACAUCCAUUAUUUACAGUGGGGCAUCCAUUGUUUACAGCGGGACAUCCAUUGUUUAUAUUGGGACAUCCAUUGUUUA